AUGGACGCCUGGGGAGAACGUGUCAAUAAUGCCGUCGCGAAGACGCGUUUCGGAUAUCGAUUCCGUCUUGACGGCUCAGGUCAUAGACGAGAACGAAAAGGAGCAAAAUUCCUGACUGAAAUUCGUGCCGGCCUGACCACCUUUUUCGCCAUGGCGUAUAUCAUCUCCGUAAAUGCGAAUAUCCUUACAGAUUCCGGCGGCCCAUGUGUGUGCAACGACCCUGUUGACCCGAAGUGUAUGGACAACCUCGAAUAUAAUUUGUGCUUGAAUGUGGUUAGGCGAGAUAUCAUCACUGCGACGGCGGCGAUUGCCGCAUUGUCGUCGUUUUGUAUGGGGCUGUUUUCGAACAUGCCAAUUGCGCUGGCACCUGGAAUGGGCUUGAACGCUUAUUUCGCAUACAACGUCGUCGGCUUCCAUGGCACGGGAACGGUCAGCUAUCAGCUUGCUUUAACGGCGGUUUUCGUCGAAGGUUUCGUUUUCGUCGGCUUAUCCCUGCUUGGUUUGCGUCAGUGGCUAGCCAGGGCGAUUCCUAAAUCAAUCAAGUUAGCGUCGGGCGUUGGGAUUGGGUUAUAUUUAACUCUCAUCGGAUUGACAUAUAGUGCUGGCAUCGGUGCCGUCACAGGAGAUCAGAGUACUCCCGUUACCCUGGCAGGAUGUAUCCCAGGCGCGAUAGGCAAAGAUGGCGCUUGUCCGUCUUGGGCUAAAAUGCGCAACCCAACGAUGUGGAUAGGCAUUUUCUGUGGUGGUAUCUUGACGGCUGUGUUGUUGAUGUACCGUGUCAAGGGUGCCAUUAUUGCCGGUAUCCUUCUUGUGUCAAUCAUUUCCUGGCCACGCCCUACAGACGUCACGUACUUUCCAUAUACCCCUGAAGGUGACGAUUCGUUCAACUUUUUCAAGAAAGUAGUCACAUUCCACAAGAUCGAAAAAACCCUCGCCGUUCAGGAAUGGGAUCUGAGCAAAGCAGGCGGCCAGUUUGGCCUUGCUCUAAUCACAUUCCUGUACGUCGACAUUCUCGACAUGACAGGUACCUUAUAUUCCAUGGCUCGUUACUGCGGCGCCAUCGACGAACGGACACAAGACUUCGAAGGCUCGGCCAUGGCCUAUCUCGUCGACGCCCUCAGCAUCUCCAUCGGCUCCCUCUUCGGCUGCUCGCCGGUCACCGCCUUUGUCGAAUCCGGCGCUGGUAUUUCCGAGGGCGGUGCCACGGGAAUCACCGCCAUGGUGACCGGUCUGUGCUUCUUUGUGUCUAUUUUCUUCGCGCCAAUCUUUGCAUCCAUUCCACCUUGGGCAACGGGCUGCACGCUCAUCCUUGUCGGGUCUAUGAUGACCAAGGUUGCGGCGGAUAUCAACUGGAAGUACAUGGGCGACGCGAUACCGGCGUUUGUGUGCCUUGCCCUUAUGCCAUUUACGUAUUCGAUUGCGUACGGUUUGAUCGCGGGUAUUUUGACGUACAUGCUGCUGAAUAUCCUUACCUGGGUCGUGGAGAAGUCGUCAGGAGGUCGAUUAGUGCCGGAAAAUAAGACAUUCAAGGAGCCAUGGACGUACAAAGUUCCUGGAGGAAUCUUGCCGGCUUGGUUGGUGAGAUUGCUGAAGGGAAAAAAGGAUUUUUGGCGCGAAGAGUCCCUUGAUACCUCUUCCACGCCAACAUCCGGAUCCUUGACGCCUGUUGAACAAUCGAUUAUUGCCGUUGACAAGGAUCCUAUGGCUGCUGAGUUAGGGCCCUAUCAUCCGUCCGAAAAGCAUGAGUAA